GGCGAAAGACAGAAGAUGCCUGGAUCAGCAGCGAGAGGUUCGAAUCCAAGCUCCAACCGGAAUCUGAUCACCAUGCCUGCCACAAGAGGGAUUGGAGAUAGGUCUCCAGCUCAAGAAUCAGACUUCACAAAUGCAGAAAGUAUACACUCAGAUGAAGGCGCACUGCAUGGACGACGAGGAAAGAAAGGGAAAGCUAGAGCGAGAGAUGAUGAAUCAGAGGCUAGUGCAGAACCUGUUACAAUGUUUGAGAUCGUUAGACAUGGAAAGAGUGCCCUUCAGACUGUUGUUGAUGACUGGAUCGAGUCUUAUAAAAUCAACAGGGAGGAGGCUCUCUUGGAUCUCAUCAAUUUCUUCAUCCAUAGCUCAGGAUGUAAGGGAACUGUUACUGCAGAGAUGAUGACAACCAUGGAACACAGUGACAUCAUUAGAAGGAUGACCGAAGAGUUUGAUGAGGAAACCGGCGACUAUCCGCUCAUCAUAUCUGGACAGUUCUACAAGAAGUUCCGUAGCAGUUUCUGUGACUUUGUGAGCGUCCUGGUGAGACAGUGUCAGUACAGUAUCCUCUAUGACCAGUACAUGGCUGAUAAUAUCAUCUCUCUUCUGACAGGUCUUAGUGACUCUCAGGUCAGGGCCUUCAGGCAUACUAGUACCCUCGCCGCAAUGAAACUGAUGACAGCCCUUGUGAAUGUUGCCCUGAACCUGAGCGUUAGUCUGGAUAACACCCAGCGACAACACGAUGCAGAACGUGCCAAGCAGUCGUCGAAACGAGCAAGUGAGAAGAUCGAGCUACUCAUGGCCAAGCGACAGGAGAUCAUGGAAAAUACUGAAGAGAUUCAACAGAUGAUGAACAACAUCUUCAAAGGCAUCUUUGUACAUAGAUACAGGGACACUCAGCCUGAGAUCAGAGGAAUCUGUAUGGGUGAGAUUGGUGUUUGGAUGAAGAAUUACAGUGAGAUGUUUCUCAGUGAUAGUUAUCUCAAAUAUGUUGGAUGGACACUCCAUGACAAGGUUGGUGAUGUCCGCAACAAGUGUCUUGUUGCCCUGUAUUCUCUGUAUGGAAAUAUUGAGUUGGUCCCCAAGCUAGAGCUGUUCACCAAUCGCUUCAAGGAUCGGGUGGUUAGUAUGACACUGGACAAAGAGACAGACGUAGCGGUCAACGCUAUCAAGGUGGUCACUCUUAUCUUGAAAUACAACGAGGACAUCUUGAGCGCAGAGGAUUGCGAGAACGUCUAUCAGCUGGUCUAUUCCUCCAGCAGAGCCGUGGCGCAGGCUGCCGGGGAGUUCCUCAAUGAACGUCUUUUCAAACGGGAAGACCAGGAGAGUGGAAAGGUCAAACGAACUAAGAGGAGGAAUAUAAAUGCACCCCUGAUCAAAGAUCUUGUACAGUUCUUCAUCGAGAGCGAGCUUCAUGAACAUGCAGCAUACCUUGUAGAUUCUCUAUGGGAUAUCAAUGAAAUGAUUCGAGACUGGGACUGCAUGACAGAACUAUUACUUGAAGACCCUGGCAGAGGGGAAGAAGCUCUUGAUGAGAGACAGGAGACUGCUUUGAUAGAGAUCAUGGUAUCAGCCGUCAGACAAUCAGCUCAAGGUCACCCACCCAUCGGGAGAGGAUCAGCUAAAAAGACUCUAUUGACGAGCAAAGAGAAGAAAGUUGUUCAGGAGGACAAGAUGAAACUGACCGAGCAUUUCAUUACCAAGCUACCAGAAUUACUUGCCAAGUUCAACACAGAUUGGGACAAGGUUGCCAAUUUGCUUGAGAUCCCUCAGCAUUUUGAAGUAGAGAUCUACACGACAAGCCGUCUUGACAAACAUCUUGAUUCCCUUCUGCUCCAGAUGAGAGACAUUGUAGAGAAACACACAGAAUCAGAGGUUCUUGAUGCGUGUGCAAAGACCUAUGAGACGCUGUUAGGUGAGCAGUACAGCACAACACCAAGGGUCCAGGUUGCCCAGAGUACACUCUUAGAUAACCUAGCAGAAAGACUCAAAAGAAGCAUUGAUGUCUAUCUUAUGACUCAGAAUCCAACCGAGGAUGACCUCUACAACAUUUCAUCAAGUAUCAGAAGAAUUGCUUCCUUCUUCAGCUGCCAUGACCUGAACCGAUGGGAGCUCUAUGACUCUAUAUUCAGUCUGGUGAAGCGAUGUUCUGAGAGAGGAGCCGCCCCGGAUCAGAUCUUCACCUUGGCUAUCUCCUGCUGCCAUUACGCGAUUAUGUGGACCAUGACCAAGCUUGAUAAUCAGAAUCCGGAAAUGAGCGAGAUGAAGAGGAUUCGCCGCCAUUGCAGCGAGCUGAUAAAGACAUGCUCUUCCCUCUUGAUCGACGGCAGCGAACAGAUCCGAGAGGAGGCAUUCAUCACGAUCUGUGACCUCAUGGUCGUGUUCAGCAGGCAGUUGGCCGCGCAGCCAGCCCUCGCUCCACUCGUCUACGAAGCAAACCUCACUCUCCAGACACUACUCUCAGACUUUGUGCAGGAGCAUGUGUUCGUGGAAGAAGAUGACGAUGAUGAUGAAGAAGAUGGCGAUGACUCUCAUAAAAUCGAGGUCCUCCAUAAGAGACGUAACCUCCUUGCUUCAUUCUGUAAACUCAUUGUUUUCAGCAUCAUUGAGAUGAGGAAUGCAUCAGGAAUCUUCAAACAUUACAUGAAGUUUUACAAUGACUAUGGUGAUAUCAUCAAGAUGACCCUAGCCAAGUCAAGGGAAAACAACAAGAUCAGCUGUGCCAGAACACUUGGUCUUAGUCUUACACAGCUAUUCAAAGACAUGAAAGGUGACAUGGGAUAUGACGAAGCCAAGACACAGAGUCAACUCAAUGCUAUCAAGGAACUUGCAAGAAGAUUCUCAUUGACGUUUGGUCUGGAUCAGAUCAAGACUAGAGAUGCUGUCGCUGCUUUACACAAGGAAGGUAUCCAGUUUAGUUUGACCCCUUUGGAAGACCCAACCAACGAGUAUGCACCUCCUCCAAAUGUUGGAUACCUAGAGAUAUUAACAGAGUUCAGCAGUAAGCUGAUGAGGCAAGAUAAACGUACUGUAUUGCAAUACUUGGACAAGAACUUGAAGGAGGGCAUGACUGAACAGGAAGGAGAGGAAUGGGCUCCUCUCAGGAUCUACAGACAUUCAUUGCUUCAGGGAGACCUCAUUGAAAGGCCUCCAGAGAUUCCAAGGAUACACAAGAUGGGCAAGAAACAAGCCAAGGGAAUGAAGAGGAAGAUGGGCUUGCAUGGAGAUGAGAGUUCCAAUGACCAAUGGUUAUCACGAGAUGCUCAUAUGAAUGUUACCGGGGCUGCAAAGAGACUAAGAGGAGAUGAAGAGACAUCACUUCAAGGAUCCGAUAGAGAUUUUGAGAUGGAAAGCACAGACCCAAGUUCACAAGCCUCCUUGGCCUCUUGGCUUAAUAGCCAGAGGACCAGGACCAGGAAAGCUAGGGCUAGACAUAGUUAUCAAGGCAGAAAUCAAGCAAGCAAGGCUAAGACUAGGGACAGGCAUCCUAUGCACCAGGAGGUUGAUGAAGAGGAUGAUGAGGAGGAGGAUGAAGAGGAGGAAGACGAGGAUGACUUCCAUGAAGGACAAGCCAUGCAGGUUUUGGAGGACAUGCAGAUGGGAACAUUCUAAGGAUCUGGGUCAUUUGGAACUCUAUCAGCAUCUAUCCUGUUACUGCCCAGCUCACAAAGAUGGCAGAAAAUUAAUUUCAUAUUUAUUGAAACUGAAGGAAUUAUAGUAAUGAUAAUAUUCAUCCCAUGUUAAAGACUGUCAGAUUAAGGUCAAAUUAAGAAAAGGAUUUUCAUUCAUGAGCAGUUUUUAUAAAAAAUCAAACUGUAAUAUCAAAGCAAUACCUCAAAUUUAUCUGUUCUUCAAAAGCAAUUCAUAUUUAAAGAUGGUAGAUUAUUUGCAACUCUAAUUCUUAUUUCUUAUUACAUUCAUAGGCCUGCAAAGUUUGUGUAUAUGUGACUUGAUCUGCCUUAUUUUUAAUUGGUCUACUUCGAAUUCGUCUACUAUCAUUUGGCCUACCAUCAGUUUGUCCACUAUCCACAUGGUCUAAUUGCCAUUUUUUCCACUCGCCAUUUCGUCUAAUAACCAUUUGGUCCAGUAGCCAUACCAUUUAGUCUAAUUGGACUAAGUGUUAAUUUCGUUAAAUUAGUGAAAAUAAAAUGGAUAUUAGACCAACUGCAUAUGAGACAAAAUGAUUGAAGAUGUAAUGGUGAUUAGACCAAGUGAUGAUUGGACCAAACAGAUUUUAGGCGAAAUGUUGAUGGACGGAAUGGCAUUAGACAAAAUGAAGAUAGACCAUGUGUGGAGUGGGCGAGUUGGCAGUAGAUGAAUUGGCAAUUUACCACAAAAUAUUGCUAUAAAAUGAAAACCAUUCCAUUAAUGAAUGGGUAAGGGGGGUAUUAGAAUAACAAUGAAAACCUAUACUUUGCCUUUGAUUCUUUAUUCAUUUUUCAUAAGAAAAUAAGUUUUACAUUAAAUUACAGCCCAUCUUAAGCUAUGGUAAUAGAUCAAAAUGAAUUACUCUCUAGUUAUCAUCUUACAUUCCAAUCUUACAAAAGUGUAGUGGUUUUCAAAUCUCUUGUUUUUUCUUAUCAAUGUUAAGUUUGAAUUUUCUUACUGCCCCUUCUCGGUUAUAUAUUUUUUUCUUUAAAAGGGCUUUAGAGCAUUUCCUAUUGGCAUUUUCAUCUCAUUUCAUUUCUUGUGAAGUGCUCUAUUAUUAAGAUGAAGAAAAAAAUGCUGUUUUCCGAUCGACCACUUGAUAAACUUGAAAUCAUCUCAAACUGCAAAUUUUAUCAGUAAAACACCCUUUGAUUUUUAAUCCUCAAUAUCAUAAAUGUUUUAGGGCAUACUCAGUCAUAUUGUUUAGUAAUGGAUUGGAAUAGGGACAUGUACUUUUGAGGGAUUCGCCAAAACUUAAAUAGGCUUUAAUGCUGAUUAAUUGAUGAAUGAAUGUUUCCUGGUUCCAGGAUACAUGUAUAUUAUUGAUUUUUAUUUCCUGUUUGAAUUAGAUAAACGAACCAUGUAAAUAUUGUAUCAUACCUUUUUAUGAUAAGUGUUUUUCUUACCAGUUAUUGUGUUGUCACAUACAAACCAUUAUGUGACUGAAAUUACUAUGUCAUGAAUUCAAAAUCAUGCUGUUCUUGUUUAUAUAUGCUAUAUCAGUAGUGAUAUUGAUACAGUCCUUUUAUUGUGCAUAUUUGUCCCUGUCUGCUUCCAACGGACUUGGAUAUUAUUACGAUAGUUUUUAGCAUGGUGACCUUACAGCACACUAGCAUUUCAUGCAAUCAAUAUCCUGCAGGUACCCAUUCAGUCACCCGGUUUGAUACAAUGUGAAUCCAUGGCUGAGAGCCCACUGAACAGCAAUACUACAAUGAAUUUUGAAUGUUGGAAAGGAAAAGUAACUGCUAUAUUGCAUCUCUAAGAAAAGUGGUCAACCCAAAGGCCUCUCAUGGUACUAAAUGUUGUUGACAUAUGUAUUAUGGAAAACGCAAAUUACAGAAAUAUGUCCCUUUAUUUAUUGAAACAAGCCAUUCAUGGUAAUGUAUAUUUAAUUGCAUGUUGGUGUUAUUGUUAACUGUUAUUGAGACUGUGUACAGUAUUAUCAUGUCAAUGGAUGAGAAUUCCUAAUCAAUGUGUUCUAUUACUAAAGUGAGUUUUUAAUAGACUUCAAAUUUUUGUAUUAGCAUGAGCAUGUUGGUUUUUGAGUUUUUGUAAAAAAAAUGAUGAAGCUGUGUAUAUUAGUAAUUUAGAUCGUAAUAUUGUACGAGUUCAAAAACUUUUGUGGAAAGUUGAAUAAACAAGUUGAAUUAUACAGCA